AUGGAAGCAAAGAAAAUCAUGGGAGAGAUUGGCCGAAAAGUCGCCGAGAUCCAAAACGAAGGGCUUGGCGAGCACCGUCUCCGCGACCUCAACGAUGAGAUCAACAAGCUCAUACGGGAGAAGGUUCACUGGGAACGACGAAUUGUUGAGCUUGGAGGCCCUAACUACGCGAAACACGCCCCUAAGAUGACAGACCUCGAUGGCAACAUCAUCGACGUCCCAAACCCUAGCGGCCGAGGCCCUGGGUAUCGGUAUUUCGGUGCAGCGAAAAAAUUGCCGGGAGUCAGAGAGCUUUUCGAGAAGCCGCCGGAGUUGAGAAAACGGAGGACGAGGUACGAUAUAUACAAAAGGAUUGAUGCAAGCUAUUAUGGGUAUAGGGACGAUGAGGAUGGGGUUCUGGAGAAGGUUGAGGCUCCGGCGGAGGAGAAAAUGAGAGCGGAGCUUUAA